AUGGACAUUUUCGGAACAACAGUUACUGCCAUCACCGAAAUCUACAGGAUCACGAUUUUCAUCAAAGGUGUCGUUACGGAUAUUCAGAAUCGAGACGCUGACAAGCAAGAAAUUAGAGACAAGUUGGACCACGAACUCUUAUUUCUAGAGUCAUUCAAAUGCUUGUUUUAUGACAAUGUUGGAAAAUUCAACUACGAUAGCAGGCUUCCAGAAAGCUUGAAGCGGGAUGUUGAGAUUUUAUUAUUUGCUCUCAAAGGGACGCUGGCGGAAUAUGGAAUGUUAGCUGCAAAGCACGGAUUGCUAGAUCUGGAUCAGGAAGAUGAUGCCCUAAAACCCCUCUCCGGACGGAUUCAGCGUAUUCAGCUGAAGGUGAAAGAUCUCAAAAACAAAACCAUUGACUGGGCACUAUUCGACAAGAAGAAAUUAACACAAACCCUGGCGGCAUACAGUGGAUGGACCGAGAGACUUCGACAAACCAUGUCCUUGAUGUUGCUUACUUUGGCUGCAUUCGACAAGGACUCUCUCGCUAGAUUCGCGACUGACAAAAAUGCUCGCAACCUAGGCAUUCAAAGUGUGGCCAAACGGCAGUUGCUUGCGAAAACCAAGACUCCGACAGACUUCUCUGCUCUUCAGGGACGAAUCAUCCUUGAAGAUACGGAUAACACAUCGGAUACAGACGUGAAGUUGGCAAUAUACAUGGACGAAAAGCGGCAGCUUAAUGAAAGAGUCGUGGUGGAGUACCGCAAGUACGGUAAUGAGCUUAUUCAAGCGACCAAGUUUGGAUCGCCGCUUGAAAAGGACCUGAAAGCGUCUACAAGGGACCUGGCGUGGCUCCUUCACAACGCAUUCCCUGCGGCUUCUGAGACUGACACAGAAGAGAAUGAGACUUCUGGCUUCCUGACACUGCCGUGCAUGGGAUACAUUGAUCAACGUGAGACGCAUCGGUUCCUCUUUGUUUAUAGACUUCCAUCGAAUUUGACCUCUUUGGUGACCUUCCAACCAUUGACCUUGCACGGUUUGAUCAGUGGCAAUAUCCGCAACAAACCAGCUCUAGGAAAUCGCUUCUUCAUGGCUCAUGCUCUCGCCUCCACCGUCCUGAAUAUACAUAGCUUCGGCUGGGUCCACAAAAACAUUUGGAGCCGAGGAGUCAUUAUGCUUCCCUCUUCAGCUGUAUCGCAAGGGCUAAAACCCUACCUCACCGGUUGGGGCGUAGCACGCGCGGUCACGGACGGGACUGAACUAGCUGCGGACAACGAGAUUGAACCCAACUUUUAUCGACAUCCGAAGCGUCAGGGUAAGCCGGAAGAUAACUUCGACAUUGAACAUGACUUGUAUGCGCUUGGCCUGGUGUUACUCGAGAUUGGCGUAUGGGAAACAAUCAGCGUGAUGUUUGGAACCGAGAUCGAUCAGGCGACGGCUUGCAACCAAUUGCCCGAGGCCGAAGGGUUGCGGACGGCGUAUAUUCAGAAGGCAUAUGCGAAGCUAUCAAAAGAAAUGGGUGAGGCGUAUAUGACGGCGGUGAUAAAAUGUUUGACCGGAUUCGAAGUUGGGACGGAGGAGGAGGACGAGGAUCGAAGAAGUUCGUUGAUUCUUGCAUAUAGAGAGAAUGUGGUGAAAGUAGUCGCGAAGGGAAUCGGACUGUAA